AACACUUGGGUGACGUGCUGCAUGAUGUCUUGACAGCUACUUACUGAGCAUGCGCAGUACAUAGUAAACGGAAAACAUUCCCGGUGCAGCUCUUCCUCGGGGUCUGGUUGGCCUUAUAGUGGCUGAAAGUGGCACAAAGGCCUUUAUCGGUUCACUUGUCCGAUAAACGGAGGACAGGAUAUAUCUCGCUUUGUAGUUAGACUUAUUUAACAGUCACGCGAAGCAGGAAGUAACGUUAGGUAUUUGGUUGUUUACUGUGACAUUAGCUAGCUGUCAUGACUUCCACGGGGACGCUGAUAGACACGCAACGGCCAAGACACCGACCUUUCCUGAUCGGUGUCAGCGGAGGAACAGCCAGUGGCAAGUCCACUGUAUGUGCUAAGAUCAUGGAGCUGCUGGGUCAGAACGAAGUAGACCAGCGUCAGAGGAAGGUGGCUAUCGUCAGCCAGGACAGCUUCUACCGUGUGCUCACCCCAGAACAGAAGGCCAAAGCGCUGAAGGGCCAGUACAACUUUGACCACCCAGAUGCAUUUGACAACGAGUUGAUGUAUCAGACUCUGAAGGACAUAGUGGAGGGAAAAGUGGUGGAGGUUCCCACGUAUGACUUUGUCACUCAUUCCAGAUUACCGGAGAGGAUAACAGUGUACCAUGCAGACGUGGUUCUGUUUGAGGGGAUCCUGGUCUUCUACCAUCAGCACAUCAGAGACAUGUUCCACAUGAAGCUCUUCGUAGACACAGACUCUGAUGUCAGGCUGUCUCGGCGAGUUCUCAGGGAUAUGAAGAGAGGUCGUGACCUGGAGCAGAUCCUGUCUCAGUACACUACCUUUGUCAAACCUGCCUUUGAGGAGUUUUGCCUUCCUACUAAGAAGUAUGCUGAUGUCAUCAUUCCACGUGGAGUGGACAACAUGGUGGCCAUUAAUCUCAUUGUCCAGCACAUUCAGGACAUCCUGACCGGCGACCUCUGUAAGUGGCAGAGGGGCGGGGUCAAUGGCCACAGUCACGGACGGGGCUUCAAGCGGGGCAUCCCGGAGGACGACGUGCCCAACGGAGCCAGCACCGCACUCCCACACACACCCAGCAAACGGCCCUUACUGGAGCCCAGCACACGGCCACACUGAGGAGCAUGCAAGCACGCACACACACACACACACACACACACACACACACACCCACACACACACACACACGCGCACACUCACACACACACACACACAGAGACGCUGUCCACUGGUAGAGCCUAGGACAGGGUUAAAUUGGGGGGUAAAAACACGCCCACAUGCACAAACACACACACACACACACACACCUGAAUGCCUGUUACUUGAGCUUAGUAAAUAAACCUAGUAAUCCACAUUCAUUCAUUUACCUCACUGCAUCUACCAGUACCAAAAUCACGGAAUCUAUCAUCACAAAUUGGUUACUCUCAUCUGAAAAUCACUCUUCUUCCGAACUGUAUGUCACGCUUAGAAAAAAAAUACGCACACAGUAAGGUGUGACGAGGCCUGUUAUAAGACAAGGCUGUCUCUCCAGUGUGAGGAGGCGUUUUGUAAAUGUUGCUGAUAUGGCUUCCUGUGAAUGUUUGUGUAAGUGGAUCACUACCUGAACCUGCCAGGGGUGUCCAGUCUUUUACAUGGAAUCCUACUGAAUCUCCUCUGCUCUCGAGCCUUUCUCAUCUGGCCAUAGCAGUCGAAUGAAUAAGCCAGGAAGAACAUCGGGCCCUGGUGCAAAGCACUGAUGUAUAAAACAUAAGAUAAGCUUGUGUGGAGGGUCGGGAAGGCGAGCAGUACUGUUAAGCAGUAUUGUUUUUUUUAUCCGCUCUGAGGCUGCUAGAUAGGAUUUUAACAGGGUUUUUAAAAUUCUGAGCUGUCUGUUUUCUCAAAUGAGUUGUUUUAAAUGUAUUUUUUUUUUUUGUGAAAAUGUUUUGUCUUGUCAUAAUUAUAUACAAGCUAAAGUAAAUUAAGAUAUUAAUUGUACAGUCUUCCAAUGGAAAAUCCAUGUGAUUGAUUGUCCAGUUUUUUAAUUAAAACAUUUCCAUUCUUUUUAAUAUAUUCACACAAU